AUGCCGACCCAGAGGGACAGCAGCACCAUGUCCCACCGGGUCGCAGGCAGCGGCGGCAGCGGGGACCAUUCUCACCAGGUCCGGGUGAAAGCCUACUACCGCGGGGAUAUCAUGAUAACACAUUUUGAACCUUCGAUCUCCUUCGAGGGCCUUUGCAGUGAGGUUCGAGAUAUGUGUUCUUUUGACAAUGAACAGCUUUUCACCAUGAAAUGGAUAGAUGAGGAAGGAGACCCGUGUACAGUAUCAUCUCAACUGGAGUUAGAAGAAGCCUUUAGGCUUUAUGAGCUAAACAAGGAUUCUGAACUCUUAAUUCACGUAUUCCCUUGUGUACCAGAACGUCCUGGAAUGCCCUGUCCAGGAGAAGAUAAAUCCAUCUACCGCCGAGGUGCACGCCGCUGGAGAAAGCUUUAUUGUGCAAAUGGCCAUACUUUCCAAGCCAAGCGUUUCAACAGACGUGCUCACUGUGCCAUCUGCACUGACCGAAUAUGGGGACUUGGACGCCAGGGAUAUAAGUGCAUCAACUGCAAACUGCUGGUUCAUAAGAAGUGCCACAAACUUGUCACAAUUGAAUGUGGGCGACAUUCUUUGCCAGCGGAACCAGUGAUGCCCAUGGAUCAGUCAUGCAUGCAUUCAGACCAUGCACAGACAGUAAUUCCAUAUAAUCCUUCAAGUCAUGAGAGUUUGGACCAAGUUGGUGAAGAAAAGGAGGCAAUGAACACCAGGGAAAGUGGCAAAGCUUCAUCCAGUUUAGGACUUCAGGAUUUUGAUUUGCUCCGGGUAAUAGGAAGAGGAAGUUAUGCCAAAGUGCUACUGGUUCGAUUAAAAAGAACAGAUCGUAUUUAUGCAAUGAAAGUUGUGAAAAAAGAGCUUGUCAAUGAUGAUGAGGAUAUUGAUUGGGUGCAGACAGAGAAGCAUGUUUUUGAGCAGGCAUCCAAUCAUCCUUUUCUGGUUGGGCUGCAUUCUUGCUUUCAGACGGAAAGCAGGUUGUUCUUCGUUAUAGAGUACGUAAAUGGAGGAGAUCUAAUGUUUCAUAUGCAGCGACAAAGAAAACUUCCUGAAGAACAUGCCAGAUUUUACUCUGCAGAAAUCAGUCUAGCAUUAAAUUAUCUUCAUGAGCGAGGGAUAAUUUAUAGAGAUUUGAAAUUGGACAAUGUAUUACUGGACUCUGAAGGACACAUUAAACUCACUGACUAUGGCAUGUGUAAGGAAGGAUUACGGCCAGGAGAUACAACUAGCACUUUCUGUGGUACUCCUAAUUACAUUGCUCCUGAAAUUCUUAGAGGAGAAGAUUAUGGUUUCAGUGUCGACUGGUGGGCUCUUGGAGUGCUGAUGUUUGAGAUGAUGGCAGGAAGGUCUCCAUUUGAUAUUGUUGGGAGCUCUGAUAACCCUGAUCAAAAUACAGAAGAUUAUCUCUUUCAAGUUAUUUUGGAAAAACAAAUUCGCAUACCACGUUCUCUCUCUGUAAAAGCUGCAAGUGUCCUGAAGAGUUUUCUCAACAAGGAUCCAAAAGAACGAUUGGGUUGUCAUCCUCAAACAGGAUUUGCUGAUAUUCAGGGACACCCAUUCUUCCGAAAUGUUGAUUGGGAUAUGAUGGAGCAAAAGCAGGUGGUACCUCCCUUUAAACCAAAUAUUUCUGGGGAAUUUGGUUUGGACAACUUUGAUUCUCAGUUUACUAAUGAACCUGUCCAGCUCACUCCAGAUGAUGAUGACAUUGUGAGGAAGAUUGACCAGUCUGAAUUUGAAGGUUUUGAGUAUAUCAAUCCUCUUUUGAUGUCUGCAGAAGAAUGUGUCUGAUCCCCAUUUGCCAGCUAUGCAUUUUACUUGUCUUGCCAUUUAAUGCAUGGGUAAACAUGUUACCAGACUGGGUACAAUGGUACAGAUUUAAAAACUAACCAUUUGACAUUUGCCGCCUAUGGAAAAGCACUCAGUAUCUUCUGUUGUUGACUGUAAGAGUUAAUUAUUAUAUCUAAGCUUAACUAUGAAAAAAAAAAAAAUUAGUUUCCAGACAGUCAGUCAUCCCAAAAUUUAGUUGUAAUGCUUCUUCAGUGACCUGCUUCAGAGUUACGAAGUUAUCUCUUUUGUUAAACGAAAUACUUGCCACUGCUUUAAAAGAGAGUAUCUGAGGCACAUAGUGGGAUUACAUCAUAAGCUGCCUACAGUUUCUGUUAUUGUUUAAUUUUGAAAUAAAAGAUUAAUUCAAAAUACACCUUUUUAUGUUACCUAUUAGUUUCCAAGUUGUUUAUGUUUAAAAAUUCUACGGGAAAUCCUGUCAUUGCCCUGGAUAAUUAAGCUACUGAUUUUAAGGUAACAGUUAUUAAAUUGACUGAUAAUAAAAGGUGUUGCCUGCAUAGAAUUGGAGAACGCAGAUUCUCCUUGAGUAAAAAGAUAGACACAUUUUAUUAAGAAUCAGAUUCUAAAUCAUUAGCUAUUUUUAAGAAACUGUCACAAGUGAUUUUUUAGUAUAAGGGAGUAACUUCUGAGCUUGUUCCUUUAGCCAGAACUUUAACUGGGAAGUUAAUAAAUGUAGCUCAAAGGACUCAGGAUGCGAUUGAAAGAGAAUUUCUCAGUAUAUGGAAAGGAAAAAACAGAAAUUUAAAAUAGAUACAGAAAAGUAUAAUAGUACUAUUUAUUUCUUAUUGGAGAGUAAAUUCCACCGUUGCUUCACGUAAUUUGAUUUAAAUAAUGAGGAGCCACUCACUUGUGAAAGCAUUCCAUUUAUUUAGGGGAGGCAGAAUGUAUAAUAUUUUUUCCUGAUAAUUUAGUGUAUAGGAAAAUAAUUUAUCUUCCAAGUAGACUGUCUUAACUGUACUCAUUUAUUCACAAAAAAACCACAUUGUCCAUACUUUUGGACCCUAUUUAUGGAGUUUUCAUUGAAAUUCAUGAAUAAAUGUUCAGGACACACAUCCACCCACUCACAGUUCCCCUCAAGUGCAUUUGUAUUAAGUAGGUAACACAUGCAAUGUGGAGUAGAAACAUUUUAGGGGCAGAGUUUCAGACUAUUUUUUAUUAAUAUUAGUGUUUAGCAGUUUCUUAUUUAAAGGGAUGCCAGAUAUAGCAUCCUUCUCUUCUUUAUUUUAAAUAAUUUUUUUUUUAUGAAAAGGGACUUAAGAAGUAACUAUCAUUGUCUAAAUUAGUUACAAUUGUUGAAUCUUAGUAAAUUUAAAUUUUAGGGAAUGCUGUCUAGUCUUAAAUUUAGAAUGAGUUAAAAAUUAUGGGCAUUUAAUAAACUAUCCUUUUUUGGAAGCUAUAUUUUGUUAGAAAUGUAAUUUUUCCAGAGUUUCAGGCCAUGUAUUCUCUUUUCUUCAGAUAACUAGGUCUGAAAGCAAUGAAAAUCUCAAAGGAAAAUGUUUAUAUGUAAUCACAUGUUCAUUUGACAGGUAUAUAUAUAUGUUUCUUUUUAAUACCUGAAACUUGUUUUAAAACAAAAAGCAGUAUUUCACUUCAAGUCAUAAACUUAGAACUCUGACAUCUUAUGUCAGAAAUAAGUUUAUGAUCUUGCUUUUAAGUGAUGCUGUUUUUCCUAGGGCAUUACCUCUCAAAUUUUAGAAUGUGGAACAGUCACCUAGGGAGUGUGUUUAAAGUGCACAUCACUGGGCCCAGUGUAGAAUUCCAGUGUGCCUUUAGACCUCACUUUAAGAAACACUUCUGUAGAGUUAUUCUUUUCUUUGUCCUGUGGUUAAAUAUUAGAAAGUGUAUUCAUAAUAAAACAUUUUGAGGCGGGAUAAGCAGUGAGUUACUACCUUAUCCACAAUUUUAAACAAAUUUUGAAUGACUUGAAGUUAGAUAAUCUUCUCCAAACAAAAUCAGUUUUCUACUGAUUUUCUAAUGUUACAAAUGAUGGACAUUUUUCUAUGAUGAGGUUUUA